AUGUGGAGUGUUUGCUUAUUCUAUGAAGCGUACGAGAAGGAGGAGGAGGAGGAGGAGGACGAGGAGGAGGAGGAGGAGGAGAAUGCAGCAGAGAGCAGAGACGAAGGCAGCGUAAGACGAGAAACAGACGGGGAAUGGGAAAGUUCAGAAAGAUCUGCGGCAGCGAUAGAUACAAGGCAGAAGGAACCUCCUCCUCCCCGUGCUCUUGCAGAAGGCGAGAUAAGCCGAGAAGGGAUGUGGGAAGGGGAGGCGAUGGGAGGGGUUGUGAGAAAAGAUCAAACUGUACGCGGAUUAAUUACGAACCUAAGUGGAAACGACAAGAAUGAAAUUUCGGUGGAAUAA